UCUCCACCUCGCCAGAGCGAGGGCCCCCCUCCGGCUUCCCGGCUCCCGGGACCGAGCUCUUGUGUGCACGGCGUUCCAAGGCGCAUGUAUGCUGUGAUGAAAUGAGGAGACCAAACAGACCAGAGUCAACAUGGCUGAGGCUGAAGAAGCAGUCCACGGAGGGUGUAACAACCAUCCUCCCUUUGUUGGUGGGAAGUCUGUGCUCCUCUUUGGACAGAACCAGUACACAGCAGAUGAAUACCAGGCCAUCCAGAAAGCUCUGAGACAGAGGCUGGGUCCAGAGUACAUUAGCAGCCGCAUGGCUGGAGGAGGACAGAAGGUGUGUUAUAUUGAAGGUCAUCGGGUGAUUAAUCUGGCCAAUGAGAUGUUCGGUUACAAUGGCUGGGCACACUCCAUCACCCAGCAGAAUGUGGAUUUUGUUGACCUCAACAAUGGCAAGUUCUACGUGGGAGUCUGUGCAUUCGUAAAAGUGCAGUUAAAGGAUGGUUCCUAUCAUGAGGACGUGGGCUAUGGAGUUAGCGAGGGCCUCAGGUCAAAGGCCUUGUCAUUGGAGAAGGCCAGAAAGGAGGCUGUGACUGACGGGCUGAAGCGGGCACUCAGGAGUUUUGGGAAUGCACUUGGAAACUGCAUUCUGGACAAAGACUAUCUGAAGUCACUAAAUAAGCUUCCACGACAGCUCCCUCUUGAAGUGGAUUUAACUAAAACAAAGAGAGAAGAUUUUGAACCGUCUGUAGAACAGGCAAGAUAUAACAGCUGCCGACAGAAUGAAGCAUUGGGACCCCCCAAACCACAGGAAGCAACUUCCCCUUGCAGACCAAACCACCCACAUGAUUCGAACAUUAAGCUACAGGGGGCUAAGGACGGCAGCAGCUCCUGCAGUCUGGCCACCACCUUGGAGAGUGAUGCCACUCACCAGAGGAAGCUCCGGAAGCUACGGCAGAAGCAGCUACAGCAGCAGUUCCGGGAACAGAUGGAGGCUCACCGGCAGAGCCAUGCACCUGCCGAAGAGGUGGAAGCCAAGCAUGAGGUGUUUCCAGCAGCUCCAAAACACAGCACCCCUGUAACUGCAGCCUCAGAACUCAGGGAGAAAGCCAUCUUUCCAGAUAACCUUGAAGAGAACUUUGAAAUGUGGGACCUUACUCCAGACUUAGAGGACAUCAUUAAGCCCUUGUGUAGAGCAGAGCCACCCCAAACCUCUGCCACUGGAACCCUCAACAACCAGGACAGUGUCCCACAUAUCCAUUGUCAUCAGAAACCACAAGAAAACCCUGGACUUGGGCACCUGCAGACCUGCAGCGCUAAUCUGCAUGUCCUGGGUAGCAGAGAAAUCUCUGAACCUCAUAGGAAGAGCCAAGACCUGAAGAAAAGGAAACUAGACCCAUCCUGAAGCUCAAGAUGAUACUAGAUUCUCACAAAAGGCCUUUGGAAAACUGCAGUUUGGUCACAAAAUUGCUCUACCUUGCUUCAUGCUGAACUCUUUAGAGGACUUUAGAGCCUACUGUAGAGGAAGCUGACUAAAAAAGUUGUCAUACCCUGUGAUGGGAAGGAGGCCAACAGAUAAAUGCAUUACCUCUUCUCCGGUAGUAUUCACUCCCAAGCCAACGUAUUGAGAUUCUAGGACUUUGCAGGUUGCUUUUCGUUUAACGAUGUAGCCCGCCAAGCCCCAGCUUGAUUGUUAGCUACAUUAAAUCGUGUGACCUCGCCUUUC